AUGCAUAUCAAUGCUGUACAUCCAUCUAGUCCCAACUCAUCUCAAUCGGAAGAUGAUGCUGCAACAAGAAUUCAAGCACAAUGGAAAGGAUAUCGAGUUCGGAAGCAAAUGAGAAAUAGCAGAAAAAAUAAAAGUGGACAACAAAACGGACAUGCUGGUGGCAGCAAAAAUUCCAAUGAAAGAUUGUCACUUGAAGAUAAAUGUGCAACAACAAUUCAAGCAAGCUGGAAAGGAUUUAAGAUUCGCAAAGAAUUACAAAAUUGUAGAAUUGCUGCAACAAAAAUUCAAGCUGGUUGGAAAGGAUUCAAGACCAGAAAGGAAUUGAAAAAGCAAUUGUCGAAAUAA